AUGACCCAGCACCCAGAACGGAUUCUGAGUAUCCAGUCGCACGUCGUAUUUGGAUAUGUCGGUGGAAAGGCAGCUGUAUUCCCUCUACAGUGUCUGGGAUACGAUGUGGAUGUAGUGAAUACAGUGAACUUUUCCAACCAUGCAGGAUAUGGCCGUUCUGGAGGGUCUAAGGCCACAGCCGAGGAGCUCAAUUCCAUCUUCCAGAGCAUGGAGGAGAACGAGCUGCUCUUACCGUCUCGUCUACUGACGGGUUACAUUCCGGGAGCGGAAGCCCUAACGGCCGUAGAGAAGCUGGCUUCGAAGCUAAAGCACGUUAGACCGAACAUGAUCUACUUACUAGACCCGGUAAUGGGAGAUGCAGGGCGACUAUACGUUGCAGCAGACGUGAUACCCGUAUACCGCAACAUGCUUCCAUUGGCGACGAUCAUAACGCCCAACUGGUUUGAAGUCGAGGUCCUAACAGAAGUUAAGCUGAAGGAUUUUGCUUCCGUUCAACGAGCACUCGCCAUCCUCCACAAACGAUACCAUGUCCCCGAUGUUGUCAUCAGCUCGAUACCCGCAACACACUGGCUCUGGGAGUCCCUUCCUUCAGCAAUCAAACCACCUUCAGAUAGCGGUUUUCUACUCUGCCUAUCCUCCUCUGUCCCAGAUACCCACUCCCCCUCCGACUCGAAUUCAUUAUCCGUCGUCCACGCGCAAGUAGUUCCCUUGAUACCAGGGUACUUCUCGGGAGUAGGCGAUCUAUUCGCAGCGCUCCUCCUCGGGCAUUUCAAUCCCAUAGAAACGCCCAAAUGUCCCGAAUCGACUGCGUUGUCAAUUGCAGCCUCCGCGGCACUUGCCAAAACGCACGCGCUUUUGGAAAUCACGCACGAGCAAGCGAUGAAGUUGCCUUCGGAGGAACGGCUCCCUUCGGACGACGAGUUGGACCGUGUUGAUCCUUUGAGAAGGACGCGAAGAAUGCGAGGUAGAGAACUCGCCUUGAUCCAGGGGCAGGAUAUAAUUAGGGGCAAAGAGGUGGAUAAGGCCCGAGUCCUAAAGCUUUGGGAUGGAUUCUGGGAUUCUUUCGACGGGAAUCUAGACGCCUAGGUAGACCUUUUACAGCAUCCUGCUUCAUAUUUAGUAGACCGCGACGAUAUCCAGACAUAUCUUGAUGUUGAAUUAAGUACCC